AUGAAUUUUAAAAGAGAAAAUAUUGAAUUUUUAGGUAAAAAUAAUGUUUUAUUACGUGGUUGGUUAUAUUCGCUAUUGGUUCCGUUAAAUCAUAGUGCUAUUAUAAUGACACAUGGAUUUUCAGCUAUUAAAGAAAUGGAUCUCGAUGAUUAUGCACAAAUAUUUUGUCGCGAUGGAAAUUUUUAUGUUCUAAUUUAUGAUCAUCAAACAUUUGAAAAUAAAUUAAUUCAACCAAUAUCAAUUGGUAUAUGGGGUACAUCAUAUUCUGGUGGACAUGUAUUUGUAGUUGGUUCACGUGAGAAACAAAGAAUUAAAUGUAUCGUUUCACAAGUACCAACAAUAAGUGGAAAGAAAAAUUUAACACGACGUCCUCAUUGGCAAAAAAUUCUUUUAGAAGAUAAAGAUUGUUUAUUUAAUAAUAAAGAAUAUAUUCCAAUUACAAAUCAAACAAACGAAACAAGUGAUCUAUCUAAUGAUUUCUAUCAUUUUUUCAUAGGAAAAUAUCCAUUUAUUCAAUGGUCUAAUCAAAUGUCGCGUCGUUCUACACAUUUCUAUAGUGAAUAUGAACUAUGGGAAUCUUUAAAAGAUCUCUCUCCUAUACCAUUAUUAAUGAUUAUUGUUAAAAAUGAUAAAAUUACAUCAACUGAAGAUCAGAUUGAUGCCUAUGAAAAUCAAGUAUUAGAACCUAAACGUUUGGUAUUAGUUGAUGGUGGACAUUUUACUAUUUAUGAUACGGAACAAGAAUCUUUUCAUAUAGCCGUUAAAGAAUCACUUGAUUGGUUUAGAAAAUAUUUAAAAUAA